CUUCCUUUUUCUUUUUUUUUCUCUCUCUUGAAUCCCGACGCACACACUUUAUGCGUUGUACCUGCUUCAUUUAAACGUCUCCCAGAAGAAAUGUCUUCUUCUCCUGCUCCGUAGCAAUCAUUUUCAGCACCAUUCCCGAUCUUCUGAUUGCGUUUUCCCCUUUUGAAUAAUUCCUGCUUCUUCCCGCAGAAAAUGGCUGCCAAAAUUGGUUCAUUCAGGCAUAGUUUUGCAGAAAGAAGUAAGGAAAGGCUGUUGCCGAGAACGGGGUACUCUGACUCUGUUCUCAGCAGCGCUACCACUGGCGAGGACGGAGUUAAGUACAGGUGUUUCCGAUCAUGUUCCGAUUCAAUUACCAAUUUCUGGAACGCUUUGCGAGAAACUGUUAUCACGUUAUACGAGAUGGGUCGUUCUGAUCGUCGGAAGGUCUUUUUCGCCAUGAAGAUGGGGCUGUCCUUGGCUGUUACAUCGCUUGUCAUCUUCUUUAAAGAACCUCUCCAGGAUUUUAGCCAAUACUCGAUCUGGGCAAUCCUCACUGUUGUCGUGGUUUUCGAAUUCAGCGUAGGAGCAACGCUUAGCAAAGGAUUCAAUCGAGCCUUAGGGACUCUGUCGGCGGGAGCCCUGGCUUUGGGUAUAGCAGAGCUAUCCAUUAAGGCUGGAGAAUUUGAAGAAGUUAUUAUUGUGAUUUGUAUUUUCAUAGCAGGAUUUUGUGCAAGUUAUGCCAAACUGCAUCCCACCAUGAAAUCUUAUGAAUAUGGUUUCCGGGUGUUCUUGCUUACAUUCUGCAUUGUGUUGGUGUCCGGAAAUUCAACCAGAACAUUUUUCCAGACGGCUUUUUAUAGACUCUUACUGAUUGCUAUUGGUGCUGCCAUAUGUUUGGUUGUGAAUAUCUGUAUAUACCCCAUUUGGUCAGGGGAGGAUCUGCACAAAUUGGUGGUUAAAAAUUUUAAGUGUGUGGCUACUUCCUUAGAAGGCUGUGUUUUUGGUUACCUUCAAUGUGUUGCGUACGAAAGGGUCCCCUCAAAAAUCAUCACAUUCCAAGCAUCUGAUGACCCACUUUAUAGUGGUUACAGAUCAGCAGUUCAAUCAUCAAGCCAAGAGGAGUCUCUGUUAGCUUUUGCUGUAUGGGAGCCACCUCAUGGACCUUACAGAAUAUUUAAAUACCCUUGGGGAAACUAUGUCAAAGUGAGUGGGGCAUUGAGGCAUUGUGCAUUCAUGGUCAUGGCAAUGCAUGGUUGCAUACUUUCAGAAAUACAGGCACCACCAGAGAAGAGGCAGGUCUUUGCCGCUGAGCUUCGGAGAGUUGGCAAUGCAGGAUCUAAAAUAUUGCAUGACCUUGGAGACAAGGUUGAAAAGAUGGAAAAAUUAAGCCCAGAAGAAGACAUACUCCACGAAAUACAUGAGGCAGCAGAGGAGCUACAAAUGAAGAUAGACCAAAAUUCAUCCCUUUUGGUCAAUAUAGAAAGCCGGGGAGGUGCACCACAUACUAAGGAAUUUGAAGAUCCUACAAACUUAAUCGAUGUCAAAGAUGAUGAGACUAAAGUGAUCAAAUCCCUCAGUGAAAUGUCGGAUCUUCACAACCCAAACACGAGUGCAGAUCAAACUCUGCCAGAGUGGACUGCUUCAGAGUCCAUAGCGAGACCCUCGUGGCCGCGCCUCUCGUUUAAUGCAGAUAGGAUAAUUAACCGUCAGGAAUCAAAAGUAUAUGAAAGUGCCAGCUCUCUGUCUUUAGCUACAUUUGCUUCUCUCUUGAUUGAGUUUGUUGCAAGGCUUCAAAAUCUUGUGGAUGCAUUCCAACAGCUGAGCGAGAAGGCACAGUUUAAGGAUCCUGUUGAACACCCAGUCAAUAAAGAGACCGACGGAUUUUGGACGAGGCUUAGUAGAUGCUUUCGAUAGAGGAAUUAAAUUCUCAGCAUAUUGGUCAUAGAUUACAUAUCCAUAUAUAUAUAUAUCAUUGUUCCAGUUCCAGGCAUAGCUUUUCGCUAACACCUGUUCCCUUGUCCCCAAAUCAAAAUUUUGAAUUCGUGAACUGGAAUAUCUCAGUGCUUGCAAAUAUAAAAGGUUAAAAAGCAA